AUGAUGAACUACGCUAAAAUUCCUUUAAAAAAAUAUUAUUUAGAAUCACAAGGGAAAUAUUUGUGUAUAGUAAAUAUUGAAAAUAAUGUAAAGAAUAUAUUAAAAAUCAAUUAUUCAGAAAAUAUAAAUAUAACAAAAGAGCAAGAGUAUAUAGAUAAUAAAAACACUACCAUCGAAAAUGAUAAUAAAAAUAAAUUUUGGUUUUAUGGAUGUUUAGGUAUAAUAAAAGCAGAAGAUAUUAAUUUCUUGGUAAUUGUAUCAGAGGCUGAAGUGGUAUGUAAUAUAUUUAAUAGAUCUAUAUAUAGAAUAAAAAGAAUAUCGUUUGUACAACUAAAUUAUGAACAAAUAAAUAAGAGUGCAAAUGAAUUAUAUGAGUAUGAAAUAUGUUAUUUAGGAAGUAAUGGAAAUCUAACUUCAUUAAAUAAUAUUAAAAAAGAUGAGAACAAGAAAUUUUUUUGUAACAAAAAUAAAAUAGAGACAAAAAAUUAUUUUGAUAACUUAUUUCAAUCAACAAAUUUCUUAUUAGGAAAUUGUGUUUACAAACAUAACAGAUUCUAUUAUAAUGAAACAUAUAUUCAUAAAUUCAAAAACUGUACAUUAAAAGAGGAUGUAUUGAAAAUUAUAACAUAUUUUCUGCAUGCUUUUAAUAAAGGCCCGUUUUAUUUCUCUUACUACUACAAUUUAACAAUAUCACUGCAAAAUCAAUAUAUGAAUGAACAGGACAAGAGAAAUGACAUGGAUAAAAAAAAAAAUAUUUACUCAAAAAUUUCAGAAACUGCAUCAAAGAAAUUGAAUAUAUAUUCAAACAGAAAUAAUAAUAAUAGUAAUAAUAAUGAUAAUGAUAAUAAUAAUAAUAAUAAUAAUAAUGUGAAUAAAGUUCAGUUUAACGAAAUUAAUGAUGAAUAUACAUGGAAUUGGAAAAUAUUAGAUACAUUUAGAAAUGUAGAUGCAUUUGGUUUUGUUGUAUUUUUAAUUCAUGGAUACAUAAAUACAAAUAUCUUAGAGGUAGAGGAUAACAAAAAAAUUUGUUUAUAUUUGAUAUCUAGAAAAUGUAAAAACAGAAGUGGUGUUAGGUUUUGGUGUAGAGGUAGUAAUGAAAAUGGAGAUGUAGCAAAUUUUGUGGAAACUGAACAAAUAGUAGUUUUUAAAAAUAAGGAAAGGAUAAAUAUUUUUAGUUAUAUAAUAGUUAGAGGUUCCAUACCAGUAUUGUGGAAACAACAACCAACCUUAAGUAUAAGACCAGCAAUACAUGUAUGUCCAAAUAUGAAUGAAAAUAAACGUAUAUUAAAUUUACAUAUGAAAAAAUUACAAACUAAUUAUGGAAAAAUAUCUAUUACAAAUUUAAUAAAUAAAAAGUUUGGAGAAAAAUAUUUAGGAGAAUGUUUUGAAAAUUGUUUAAGUGAAUGUAAUGUAGAACAUAAUUUUACUUGGUUUGAUUUCCAUAGUGAAUUUAAAAAAUUAAAUCUUGAAAAUUUGAAUCAUAUGUUAGAAAAAGUAGUAAAUGAUUUAAAUAAAUUUUCGUAUUUUUCAUUUAGCAUACCAAUUGGAAAUGAUAAAAAUCUAAUGAAUGAUUAUGAUGUAUUAAAUUAUAAUAAUUUUCAGUUUAAUUUAUGGAAAGACGUACAAAUUUAUAGUUAUCAAAAUGGAGUGUUCCGUGUUAAUUGUAUAGAUUGUUUAGAUAGGACUAAUGUUUUUCAGAGUUUUCUAUCAAAAUAUGUUCUAUAUUUACAAUUAAAAAGUAUAGAUAUAAAAUUACAGCAACAUGAUAAUUUCCCUUUUUAUUUCUUCAAUAAUAAGUAUGAUGAAAUAUCAUAUAGAAGAAUAUGGAUUAAUAACGCUAAUGCUAUUAGUUUAAUAUACAGUGGUGCAGGUGCUUUAAAAAAUGAUAUAACACAAAAUGGGAAAAGAACAAUUAGUGGCUUAUUUCAAGAUUUAUAUUGUAUAAUUGUUAGAUAUGUAAAUAAUAAUUUUUUAGAUGGAUAUAAUAAUGAUUGUAUAAAUAUGGCUAUAAAUGAAAAAAUUAAAUUUAUACAUAAUUUUAAUAUCAACAAAGGUAAUAGUAAUCCUUUAAUACAAGUACUUGUCGAAUUUAUUAUCAUUUUUUCAACAGCCAUAUGUACAAGCCCAGUACAAAAUUUUAUUAAAAGUGUAUACUUUUGUUCACAUAAUUGUACUAUAAAUAUGUUAUCACGUAGUAUUAAUUAUAUCUUUCUUUUGUUAAAAAAUAAUUUCCAUUUAUUUUUGUUUCCAUAUAAUCAUGCAAAAUAUCUUAGUUUUAUUUCAAUCCUAGCAAAAACAUCUGGAGUCUUCUCUACUUCUUUUCUUAUUUUUUUAUUUUUUUGUUUAUAUGUUUUUACUCAACGAAGAAGAGUCAUUUCAUCUCCUAAAUUGGACGCCAAUUGUUAA